GGCCAAAUCGAUCCAACACCAGGGAGCUGGUGGAGUGGAACAAUGAGAAUAGUAGGAUUGACGGGAGGAAUCUCGUCCGGGAAGAGCACCGUCUCCAAUCUUUUCAAGUCCCAUGGUAUUCCGGUCGUCGACGCCGACGUCGUUGCUCGGGAUGUUCUGAAGAAGGGAACAGGAGGCUAUAGAAGAGUUGUUGAUGCAUUUGGGGAAGAUAUUUUGCUACCCAAUGGAGAAGUUGAUAGGGCUAAGCUUGGCCAGAUUGUUUUCUCUGACCCUGGAAAGCGCCAGCUUCUUAACAGGUUAAUGGCUCCCUACAUAUCCUCUGGGAUCUUUUAUGAAGUUCUGAAGCUAUGGCUAAAAGGUAACAAGGUCAUUGUUCUCGAUGUUCCUCUAUUAUUUGAGGCCAAGAUGGAUAGGUGGACAAAGCCGACUGUUGUUGUAUGGGUGGAUCCAGAGACACAGUUACAGCGGCUUAUGGCGAGAGAUGGCAGUAAUGAGGAGGAUGCUCGAAAUAGGAUUAAUGCUCAAAUGUCCCUUGAUCAGAAACGGUCGAGGGCCGACAUUGUGAUCGACAACACUGGGUCAUUAGAGGAUUUAGAAGAAAAUUUCAGGAUUGUUUUAGUUCAAGUCACGAGGCCAUUGUCGUGGACCGAGUUUUGGCUUUCGAGACAGGGAGCUCUGGUGUCUCUGCUUUCCAUUGUUAUUGGAGUAGUCGGUGGCAAAAAUCUCUACAAGGCAUCAUUAUAAAGAAACCUCAUAGUUCACCCGGAUACUUGCAAAAGAAACCGGUCUUGCCAGAGAUAGUAAAAGCUGGUGACCCAGUGUUACACGAACCAGCUCGUGAAGUUGAGCCAGGGGAAAUCGGUUCGGAAAGGAUACAGAAGAUCAUUGAUGACAUGGUUAAGGUUAUGAGGGUAGCUCCAGGAGUUGGGCUGGCUGCUCCGCAGAUUGGAAUCCCGCUGAGGAUAAUAGUAUUGGAAGAUACACAAGAAUACAUUAGCUAUGCACCAGAAGAAGAGAUUAAAGCACAGGAUAGGCGACCUUUUGACCUUCUGGUAUGUGGUGCAAGUUCAAAAGGUUCUGUUGUAUGUGCUAAACAGUUAAAUUCAUGUCAUAUGAUUUUUUUUCCCCACAGUUCACAAUGGCUUAGUUGUUUUGAGGCAGGUGAUCCUGAACCCUAAGCUCAAAAAGAAGACCAACAAGACUGCACUGUUUUUCGAAGGUUGUUUAAGUGUUGAUGGAUUCAGAGCAGUGGUGGAGCGUAAUCUGGAAGUCGAGGUUGCUGGGUUGAGCCGUGAUGGUGCACCCAUCAAGGUUGAAGCAUCCGGGUGGCAGGCUCGUAUCUUACAACACGAGUGCGAUCAUCUGGAUGGAACUCUCUAUGUGGACAAGAUGAUGCCCAGAACAUUCAGGACCGUCGACAAUCUAGACUUACCCCUUGCAGACGGCUGCCCCAAGCUCGGCGUGCGCAAGUAGGUCCAACCAAUCCCAUCAUCAUUCAUCUGAAAGCGAGCGAAAGGCUUCGAAAGUCUGUUGAGAAACAAAAGUAUGACUACUAGUUCAUUUGCUGCUCUGAUUAUUCUUCGAUUCAGACCAAACAUCCAUCGAUUUCGCUGGUGCAAUGUGUUCUGAUAUCUCUAGUAUUAAUUUACAAUCCUUAAAGCAGCAAAUGUCUGGCUACAGUGAUUUCACAUUUUUCCUUUUACAACUAGUACACACAUAUAUAUACACAAGCCGCAAAAUACAGUCGAAUGCUUUGAUAAGCUGGUUCUGGGUUUCAUCUUUUGAAUGGAGAUCGGGAUCUUUUGUUGGACAUACCGCCGCCGCCGCCUUUAUUCCUGCCAUCCCAAGCUGAAUACCAGAAGAAGAGAGACAUCCAUACAAAUACCGCAAAGAAUAUCUGAGCCCUUUCCUGGAAUCUAGAUAUACCAUCCACUAAACCUCCGAGUGUGAGCGAUUCGUUAUCGGGAGGCGGGUCGGAUUGCGGCGGAAGCUGAGCGAACAGGCGGGAGCGAAGGUGUGUGUAUGGGUUGAGGUUUCUGCAGCCUCCAGUGAAACGAGAAGAAGAAGAAGAAGAAGAAGAAGAAGAAGAAUUAAUCGCUAAAAUAGGAAGAUGAUGAUGUGAGGACGAGAAUAGAAUUUGGGUAUGAAAUUCCGGAAUCGCUGGCGAACGGCGGAGUGGGCUUGCGCCGCUGCCGGAACAGCUGCCGCUGGUCCAGAAGCAGCGGGCCGCCAUCUCUUUCUUUUCUCUGGUGGAAAUGGGAACAACGAAGCUUUACCUUAAC